AUUAGGAAUCUUAAAGAAGUUACACUCUUUUGGUUAUAAGGCAUAUAUCAACGCAUGCGCUUUCAGCGCCUACUGUGUAUCUGUUAUGUAGUUUCAUGUACCAAAUAUCUUUCUAGAUUUUUUAAUUAAGCUGUUACUAUAUACUAGUUAGCCAUAUCAAUUUAGAUAUCGCGUAGCGUAUAACGAAUUACCAGAAAAUUAAAUGUUAAAAAAUUAAAAACAAAUAACAUAUCAGUGUUUUUAAGUGUUUUUUCUAUCUUCAAGUUUUCUAUGUGAGUUUAAGAUUUGUAGUGAUAGUGCAAGGAUCUACAUCAACAGUCGUCAAUGCGAAGCGGAGCGUUAGCAGCGAUGGAGGCGGAGCCAGACCUCAGCACCUUCGAGAACAAGUCGGGGCUGGCCGAGGAUAUGAAGUUUCUCGCGUCCAUGCCCGAGCUCUGUGACGUCACGUUCCUCGUCGGAGACACCAGGGAACCGGUGUGUGCUGUGAAGGCUGUGCUGGCUGCGAGGAGCAGGGUAUUCCAAAAAAUGCUAUACCAAGCGCCGAGCCCUCAAAGGAAGAAGGAGCCUGCCCCUCGUGAAAAUAAGCUGCGGCUAUUCCUGAAACGAUCUUCGGAACCGCUUCUUAACCUUCAGAAUGCAGCACAGCAGAGAUCCGCUUUCGCGCAGCAAUUGGCUCCAAUUCAAGAGCCAUCGUCGCAGCAGCAUCAGACGCUGAUCAUCGAGGAGUUUGAGCCUGAUGUGUUCCGUCAGCUCAUUGAAUACAUUCACACUGGGUGUGUUACCCUGCAGCCCAGGACUUUGCUUGGUGUGAUGAACGCAGCAGACUACUACGGCUUGGACGAGCUCCGCCGCGCCUGCGCUGGCUUUGUCCAGUGCUGCAUCACCGUGGACACAGUGUGCGCUCUGCUGGCCUCUGCUGAGCGUUAUAUCCAGUAUAAGUGCACCAAGUCUUUGGUACAGAAGGUCCUGGAGUUUGUGGAUGAGCAUGGAAACGAAGUUCUCAAUCUGGGCUCCUUCACCCUUCUGCCCCAACAUGUCGUGAGGCUGAUCCUCGCCAGGGACGAGCUUAGGGCCGACGAGUUUACUAAAUUUCAGGCGGCCCUCAUGUGGUGCAAGAAGUACUGUGACACGGACCCCAACAUCAACCUGAAGGAAGUAAUCGGGAACUUCCUCGAAUACAUCCAGUUCCACAAGAUCCCGGCUAACGUGCUGAUGCGCGAGGUGCACCCGUUGGGGCUGGUGCCAUACUCCAUCAUCAUGAACGCGCUCGCAUAUCAGGCAGACCCGGCCAGCAUAGACCCAGGCAAGCUGUCCCCAGCGCGAGUCCGGCGCGCGGGACGCUCCAUGUCCGUGCAGUCCUCGCUCGACCCCUACGGGUCCAACACCACCCUGUCCUCCACCGGCUCGAGCGACGUCCCGUCGUCUGACUCUCGGCACAACUAACGCGAGGGGAACCUCCCCCGUCCCGCGCCUGAACCCAUCCCUGGCCCUUCCAACGCCCCCACCGCUCCUCUCUCUGACAAACCCCCAGACAAGCCCCCCGAAAAGCUCGGGCUCUUCUCUUCUAUCAAAAGAGCUGCGAGCAAGAAAUUCGGGGACCGCCGCUCUCCUACCCCCAAAACCAGGGAACCGCGAUCUAAAUCGGACUCUAUAAAACAUGCGGCGCUCACGCGACAAGUUUCGGAAGCCGCUGCCUCAGGUGAUCCGACUUUCGAACGAUGCAGACCUAAGAAGAGAGACAGCGAGACCGAAUUCCCUGUACGCAAGUCGACUUCUGAGAUUUCCGAAAGCUUCCCGUUCGUGAGGCGUGCGUUAGCUGAGAUAGAGAACGGCUUGAAUUACUUUAGAAAAUCGGUUGCUGAGUCUGGGGAAACUAAGCCGUUGUCGCUUCGUACUGAGCCGCUUGUGGUGGUGGCGGCUGCUGAGGAUGAGACACCUGCGUCGCCACCGCCGCCGAUGGGUUUGAAAGAGCGCCGGGGCUCCCGAGGUUCCCCGUGUGCCAAUCUUCCACCGCUUAUGCUGCCUCCGAGUACUCCAGAUCCGUCUCCAGGGCGUCUGUCUCCGAAUCGCUUAUCUCCGCAGCGAAGUUUGUCUCCGAAAGAGCCGCAAAGAACGCAAGAGCCAUCUUCAGCGAGCGCAAUACCUUCUACCAGUCAACAAUCUUCAAUGAGUCAGCUAACUUCAUCUAGCCAGCCGUCGUCAGCACCACCCCGCGAUCCACCGCGGCGAACUCGGACUCGUUCGGAAAUGCCUCCCGAUCCGCCUCCAAGGUCACCUCAAACCCCCCGUCCAGCCUCUGUUUCUCCUAAACACACGUUCGCUUUCAGGAUAGUGAUGAAAAAAGUGGAAAGUACACCGAACACAUCAUUUGACAGACCCGACCAAUGAGAGUACCUCCUUUAAGCGCGGCCGCUGUUAUGCGGUAGGAGUACUCGAGGUUAAAACGCGCUUUUCUCCACUAUAGAAAGGCUAGCAUAGAUUAGUUAGCGGCGUUUCUACAUUACAGUUCGCCAAAAUUACUUCAAUGAAUACGCUUUUCAAUGAUCUUCAUCUUAUGAAACCAGGGGCUGGUCCUCCUUGAGGGUGUGUGUCAAGAUUGUGUGGUAUUGAAUAAGAAUUAAAUAAGAUCUAAGGAAACCAAAACAAACUUGUUUUAAUGAUAACGUUAGUUGAAUUUAAACUAUCGUGAGACAUAAGACUUUAAGCUAAUUUUACUCACGUAUUUUUAGUCACUCAUGCGAUAUAUUUUGGAGAGCCUAGGUCUCCAUUUUGAAGCACUAUCAGCUCAUGUACUGUUAGUAGCGGUCGUGACACGAAACGAGUGAAUAAAAAUACGUGAGUGAAACAAUAAAAUUAGCUUAAAGAUAACGUUACUUAAACAAAAUGACAUGAAUGUAUUGUACUGUAAAGCUUUUAAAACGUAUAUGUAUAUAUUAUUUAUAGAACAACUCUCAAUAUAAUAUGUUUCCAUUUGUUGUGAAUUUAAAUCCGUCAGUGUUAAUUAUUUGUGAAUGGCAUAUCAAUGUAAGUAAAUUUUACAAUAUAAAUGCAUCUCAGCUUUAGUUAACCCUUUGAACGCCACGCCUAUAGUGGACGGCGUGUCAUCGUGAACAGGGCUCGGAACCGGUUUUUUUUUGUGAAACCAAAAAUAUCGGUUUUUACGCAGGACUGAAUCAUGUAUUCAGUUAACAAAUUCGUAUUAUAAGAUUGUCCCAUUUAAAAUGAUAUAAUAAACCAAAGAACGAAAAUGAACGUAAUAAUACCGGUAACCGGUAUCGGUCGGAAGCGAAAGAGGUAUGUCAGGAUCGUAGCAAGUGGAAAUCCGUGGUUUCUGCGUACCCCUCCGGGAAAUAGCGUGAUUAUGUAUAUAUGUUUGUAAUACCGGUAUUUUUUGUAUGAAGUAAAAACCGGUUCCGAGCCUUGACCGUGAAUUUUGUCGGAAUGUACGAAAGUUGUUGUCUUUGUUGACGUAUUGGGCGAUCAAAGGGUUAAACGGGAAUAAUUAUUUUACGCAUAACCUAUGUUAAACUAAAAGAAGUAGUAUGAUAUUUUACAAACUUUGUAAUACUCUGGUUUUAAACAUGCUGUUGAUAAUUCAUAAUAAAACAGUAUCUAAUCAAGUAUAAAAUUCCAUCAGUUCCUACUAUCAAAAUGUACCUUAUGCAAAACCUGAUGAGUUAGAUACAAACAAAUUAUUUUUUAUUUAAUUUAUUUAAACUUUAUUGCACAAAAUACAAAUAAAAUGUACAAAUGGCGGACUUAUUUUUUAUCAUAUUAGAAAUCAAUUAAUAGUACAUUAUUGCAGAGGCCGGGAAAGGGCAAUUCGUGGAUGAGUUUCGAUUUUGUCGGACGACGCGAAGCGGAGUCCGACAAAGAAGACGAAUCCACGAAUUGCUAUUCCUGCCGAGGCAUAUAUAGUGCUUUUCUCCAAACAUGCGAGGAAAUAAGCUAAAAUAAUUAUUAUUUAAGCAUCACUCAAAUCAAACCUUCACAUCCAAAAUGUCAAAAACAAUUUCCCUCUUUAAUUAAUUUUUAAAAGUUAAAGGCACAAACUUAUUCUGCCAUUCAGUACCAUUCAAUAUUCGUUCAUUCAAUAUAAUUGCGCAAUAUAGUUUGUCAAACCAACUUAUCAGUCAGUAAGAACCAGGAAAACUACACCCAUCCUUUUCCUUUGGUUGCUAGUACUAGUGUAAGACAAAGAUAGUAUGAUUCUCUUUGUCUAUGUUUGAAAUGAGAAAGUCCUUUGACAAACUAUGUAAGCUUUAUGAAAACGGAUGAGAUUUAAAAAAAAUAUAUAAAUAAUCUUUGAUUUUAUUAAGCAGUAUUCGCACGAUCAUACACGUGAAAUGAUAGCUGAUCGGGUCGUGUAGAAGCGGCUCGCGGCAAUAAUAAUUGGCUGUUUGCGUUUUUUAUUAUUAAAAAGUAAAAAACACUACAGUAAUAAGUUAUUACUGUAGUGUUUUUUUACUUCCCGUCCGCUAGAACAGGACAGCGAUAGUUUGAUGUUUUUUAGUUAGAGUUUGACAUUAACGAAGAACUUCCCGUACUAUUUUUGCUACAGUAAGGUGUACAUUUCCGAGCAUAUUGGAGAAAAUAUAAUUAUUUUUUACUACUGCCUUAAUUAUUAUAUAAGUUAAUGUUUUUUAAGAGUUGUAUAUUAUAAUCACUCUUGCAAGCUCAUGCCAUAUUCUGAAAUAAGGAAUACCAAUUAAAAUUUGAAGACUGCAUGGAAAAAGAGUAAACUCGAUUUAAAUUUGGUCUGCCAGGGCAAUUUCGCUUAUGGGGCAAAUGCAAACUACUAUAAAAAUACAAAUGAGUAUAUUAUCAAGACUAUCAAGAGUCACUUAUAUAUUUAUAGCACAAAUUCGUCACAGUCACAAAAGAUAGUUCAUCCAUUAUGGUAUAAGCUCUAGCUCUCUAGACUUGAGACUCGUUUUUUUAGAGUAAGUAGUUGCAUUUGUCCCAUAGUAACAAUUAAUUUCCCUGGCUGACCCUAUGCGAUACCUUAAUGUUAAUAUAAUUUUCCUUUUUUACUGUGGGACGUACCACAUUUUUAGGUACAAUUUAUUCGUUGAUUUUUUCAUUGUGGUAGACAUCUGUAUUUAAAAUUUAUAGAUUAUGCGACACCCUUUUUUAACAAAUAUUGUAUUCAAAUAAAAUAAUUUACUA